UAAAUGGGUUUACUCCACUUCAUUUCACCUCCUCUUUCUCUCUGUAAUUGAUGGACCACCCUCUCGCGUCCCUCUAUUGCUGUCCCCUUUCUCCCUUUCUCCAUCUCGCUGCAGCCUUCUACCAUGACAUAUCUGUUCAACGAAAGUGUGAUCUGAGAGAAGAAGACGGGAGAUUAUAUUAUCAACUGCCACAAAAUGGGAAGAGCUAAGAAAGAUGUGGAAUGGUAUCCCCUUGAGGUCUGGGUUGGUGGUGUGAUGAGAACCAGCAAGAGUGGAAGAACUAACUAUAUGGGUGGAAAGAGGAUAAGGGAUUGGGAUACACAAACUGGGACCAUCACCUACCAUGAGCUAUGUCAAAAGAUUAGAUAUCAUGGGUUUGGUGAAGUCCAAAGAGUGGGAUAUUUCAAACCAAAAAUAAAAUGGAUGUCUUUGCAAAUUGCUUCAACUGAUGAGGAAGUUAAAUUGAUGUUUCAAAGAGGGAAGGAGCACAAUUGGCUGAAAGUGUAUAUCGAAACAGAUGUCCAUGUAACUGAAAACAUGGAUUAUGACCACAGCAAUUAUAUAUCAGAGGAUGAUUGUCCUGAUGCUGAUAUGGAAGAAUCUGUUGUGCAAGAAAGGCCUAAGGAAUAUACUCUUAAUUUGUAUGGUUGUGAGAAUGAAGCUGAAGAAGAAAUGGGUGGAAAGAAUCCGGUUUUUCAACAAAAGCUUGAUGAGGUUCCAGCUGAAACCCAUUUGCAUCAUGACCAUGCUAACUUCUGCGAUACAAAUGCCAUUGAUUCAACAAUUCUAGAUGGUACAUUGGAAAUAGAUAUUGGUGUUGAUGGGUACUUUAGUCCAUUUCUCAAUGAAGAUAGCAAAGACAGUGAUGGAACUUCAUUGGGUGAGCAUGAACUGUAUAAUGAGGAGCUUAUGAUUGCAAGGGAAAAUAAGAUCAAAAUGAUAAAUACCACAGUGGAUCAUGGUUCUGGUUUAGGUCUUGAUGUUCCCAUUGCUAAUAGCCAUCCUACACAACAUGGUGCUGAUCAAUUCAAGGAAGAGAAUGAUGAAAUGACAGCUGGGACUGGUCCUAUGAUUGUGAGUGAGUAUGAGGCAACAAAUGAAGAGUUCUCCUCAACAUGCAGUAGUGAGGAGGGAGUGUUAGAGAGUAAGAAGAGAAAAAGUAAAGUAAACAAUGUUUAUGAUCCUUCUUGUGACUAUAAGAAGCUGCAAUUUAAUGUUGGUAUGAUUUUCUGUAGCAAACAACAAUUAAUGUUUGCUGUUCGGAAGUAUGAACUCUAUAAUGGUUUCAAUGUGGAAUGGAAAAGGAGUGAGGCCACAAAAGUUGACUGUAGGUGUAGAGAAAAUUGUCGUUGGAGGUUGUAUGCCUGUACUAGAGGUAGUGAUAACUCGUGGGUAAUUAGGACAUACCAGGAGGAUCAUGUUUGUUUUAGAAUCGUACCAAAUAGGCAAGCAAAUUCUGAUUUCUUGGUAACAGAAUCCCUCAGUCAGUUAAGGGAGGAUCCUGAUUAUGGUGUUGAUAAGAUGAUCAAGGAAAUGAAUGAGAAGGAUGACAUAACAGUUGAGAAGCAUGUUUAUUAUAGAGCUAGAAAUAAAGCCAUGACAGGUCUUAAUGGGUCACUUGAGUCACAACAUGCAAAGAUGAGCAGGCAUGGAGUUGGUAUGCAAUGCCAGCUUUGCUUGGAUUAUGGUCAUAAUAAGCGAGGGUGUCCGAGGAAAUAUAACCUGCCUGCUCCUAGAAACCAGAAAGCUGUAGGAUAUGCAGAAAUUUAUUCAAGUGUUAUCUGAUACUUGCCUUAACACAUAUAUCUUAAAUUCUCUUUUUCUGCCCUACUAUCUAUAUUAUUAUGGUUGCAAUUAUUUGUUGUUAACUGUUUAUGCUGAAAGUUUGUUAAGAUUGGAUAUGAUAGACAAACCUACAAUUAGAAACAAAAGAAAACUGAGAAGCUUUAAUUAAUAUGAUUUGCUUUUCUGUGCA